AAGAUUCGUGAAGUUCAUGUGUAUGUAGUGCAACAUUGCUGCAUUAUGAUGUGUAUUUCUGUCAGAUCAAGAGAUUUGUGUUAGUUUCAUUCAGGGAUGUAACUUAAAUGCGCGUAUUUGGUUUAUAUUCCGACCAGUAUAAUUGUGACAUUCUAUGUAGCUGCAAGGGGAAACUUUGAAGGAUGACUUCGCCUGUUUUAGUCAAUCAGCGCCUUUCCUCUGCCUGGAGGCUGCUCUGGGGGUCACUGAACACAGCGACGAGCCUCAUACUCCAUCAGCCGUGGUCACGGGUAACGGGAUGGCUGUGUGUUUUCGCUGCUGGUAAGAAAUACCAAAUUGACCUGCCAGUAGUCCACGAGGCAGACCUUGAUGAACAGUUUGUUCGUGGAUCUGGUCCUGGAGGACAAGCCACCAACAAAACCAGCAACUGCGUGGUGCUCAGACAUAUUCCCACGGGGAUCGUCGUAAAGUGUCACCAGACCAGAUCGGUGGAUCUGAACAGAAAACGAGCACGGGAGAUUUUACGUGAGAAACUAGAAAUUGUGUAUAAGGGUGAGGAAAGUGAACUGCUGAAAAUGAAAAAGGAAUCCAUACAGAGGAAACAGGAAAAACGGCAAAAAGUAAAUGAAAACAUGGAAAAAAAGAGACGAUUCAAGGAGAUGCUUUACUCAGACAAAGAAGAUGACAAAUGCUGAGGGGCACAUGAUUUCACUUUUUUUUCCUUUUUAGUAUUAAUUAUACACUGUGGACAGAACCACAUUAAUGGUGUAUUCUGUAAAUGAAGAUAUUGGAAAAUAUAUUUGGAGAACUGGAUACAGUGCUUUGCUCUGUUAUAGAAAUCAACCACAAUUUGUGCUUAAUAAAAAAGACUUUCAAGUUA